AUGGGCAGCAAGAAGCCAAAGCCAGGGAAGGCGUUUGCUGGCAAGCAUGUGCCGACCAGCAAUGUCAAGGCCACGCGCUUGCCGGGCAAGCAAAAGCAGCAGCAGGCGGCGGCAGCAGCGGGCGGCGGCGGCGGCGGCGGCAAGCGGAAGAAGGACCGCAGCUUUUGGGGGUUGAUGGCAGCAGGGGCGGGCUUUGCAGCGCUGUGGGCGUGGAAUGUGUGGAGCCGCACCCAGCAGAGCAGAGCAGACAAGCAGGUGCUGUCGGCCAUGCUGCGGCGGCCGCUGGCCAUCACCGAGCAUGCGGCAUGCAGGAUGGAUUGCAGGUUCAUCGGGCGGGGCGAGAUUUCAGAGGUGCUGCGCACCGGGCGCAUCAACAGCCGCAAGAGCCAGCCGGCGCUGCGGCCCUGCCCCAAGUACACGGUCGACGCGGCGGUGGGUCCCCGGCGCAAGAACGUGCAGGGCGUGUUUGCGGCCUGUCCCGCCGAGACUCGGGUCAUCACUGUGAUAGACAGGGACACCAACUGGGCGUGCGGCCCUUGCUGA